AUGAGCCAAACGACACAAAGGGCCUUCGUGGUCGAACACCUUGACCCCGAGUUGGGCCCAUGGUCCGCCCUCGAAUACGGCUGCAUUGCUCGCGAAUCGCAUGAUCGUGGCGCUCGAUUCCUGCUCAGUUCCGUGCCCGCAGAGCUGCAGAUGCCCGCCGACCUGGCGGCCACCAAGGGCCUCGAGGUGGAACAGCGUAGUGUCGAGGAUAUUUUCGCUGAUAAGAAGGAGCGUGUUUGUCUGCUGGACCCCGCUGCCCAGGUUGAGUUGAGUCCUGAGGAUGGUGAUAAUUUUGAUGUCUUUCUCUUUGGCGGUAUUCUCGGCGAUGAUCCUCCUCGCGGGUAUGUCUCGCUGACGACAAUAUUCAUUUUAGAUCGCACCUCAGAAUUGAGGAAGAAGGGUUAUGUCGGCCGCCGCCUGGGACCUAAGCAGAUGACAACCGACACAGCGGUGCGCGUUACUCGUCUAGUCGUUCAUGAAAAGGUCCCCCUGGAACAAAUCUCUUACGUCGACUACCCGGAAAUUCUGAUCAACGAGCACGAACGGACUGAAAUGCCAUUCCGCUAUGUGAAAGAUGCCGCUGGCCAGCCAAUCAUGCCUCCGGGGAUGGUGGAUCUGAUUAAGAAGGACGCCGACAAGUCCAUCGAUCUAUUCUAA